CAAAUCGGACAUCUUAGAAAGUCUUGCUGAGCAAAUCAUUAAGUUCAAAGCAUAUCCUUCAAACUUAGAAAUAGAAGAUGUUGCUGAAGCUUUAAUCAAAGCACAUCCAUGUUUGAGGGAACAAGGAUCAUUUAAUGGUUUUUAUGGAUGGAAAAUAAGCCUUAAGUACAAGAUGGCAAACUAUAGGACAAAGCUUAGAAACUUAGGAUGCCCAGAACUAAGCAUUAAUUCGCUUAAGCACAAACCCACAGAUAGAUGCCAGCCUGCCUAUAAUGUCAAGAAACCCAGAAAGGCAGAGGUCAACUUUUGUCCUUCCUAUCCUACUGGGGAGACCCAGGACAGCCUUGAGGGUGAAAGAUUGGCAUUGUUAUCUGAGGUCAAGAAGAGACAUAACGAAAAAGUAGUCAAAGAGAAGAUGGCCAAGACAUUUGCAUACAGGAGGCAGGAGGUCGUCAGAGACAAGCCAAUGAUGGCAGAGUUCAAGAUCAGAUGGCCAGGACUCUUCACUGUUGCAGAGGUGGAGGCAGAAUUUGUGAGGAUUACUACUGCUCCUCUUGUCUCGAAGUUCCUUGCCCAACUGGACCAACACACUGCUCAGCUCAUAAAAGUGUUUGAGAAGAAAGGAGGCUCUGCUGGGAUGAAAAUCAGAAAAAUGUUGGCUCCAAUCACACAGGAUGAAACUGUUGAAAAGAGGAGGGAGUGUACCCUCAGGGCGCUCUGUGUCUACCUGAACGAAGACCCAAACAUCCUGUUUAAAGAAUACCUGGAUACUGAUGCUGUUGAGAGGGAGCUUCAACACAUUAUUCUCGGCAUCUACAGCAUCAAUGUUGAGGGAGGUGAUGCCACCACUUCUCCAGCCGAUGUUGGAAUAGUGAUCGAGGGUGUUGAAGUUCUGCAUGACCUGAGAGACAUUGCCUCUACAUCUGCACUUAUGAUGGGAUUUAUAUAUGCACUGAACCUUAGUUAUCCUAAGGAACUGAAAGCCUUCUUUGAAGUGCUUCAGAAGGUCUUCCUUCAACUUGAUGCAUCAAGACUUUCAAGCAAGGUACAGAUGCUCAAGAACAAACUCUAUGAAUAAGCAACCAUUUGUACGAUGCUGAAUGUUCUCCAAAAUGCUAAAAUUAAUGUUUUGUUAGAUGUUACUAACUAAUGUUAUUACUAUGUUUGUUAGAUGUUAAUACAAACAUAAAAAUUGGUUGCUGUUGGACCAUGUUGCAAUGCAGAGUGGUGGUGAUGACAGUGCCUGCCAUCAAACACCAUCUCAGGUGAACCCAUGAGAGAGAAGUGUCUGUGGGGAAUUCAGACGUUUGUAAUAACAGCAGGAAAGGAAAGAGAGGAUUGAACCACAGAACAGUGCUACAGUUCAAAUGACAAAGUAACUUUAGAGUUUAAUUUAAUUAAAAAAACUACAGGAAGAUGCUACAUGGUUUAAGAGACUGACUAAAGAAAUGCCUGAUAACAGAUUAUAAUGAUAAGGAGCUAGUGGAGCACAUGGUUAGUGGAGCACAUAUUCCUGCACAUGCAUGAUGUCAUGACUUUAGCUUGCUGUUUGAUGUCGGAGGUAAAUAGUGUUUGGUGGGUUUUUACAGCUUUGAAACAAAUGCUCUGCAGGGAAGCUGGAUACUCUGAGGAUAGUUUUCGCUCUGUUUGUGGCUGUUGGGGAUAUCUUUGACAUAUUAGCCACAUAUAGUCUUUGGAUCCAUUGGUCAUAUAAAACGUGGAUUAUAGCUGCUUUAAAUAUCAAGGUAACACAUUUCUUUAAGUGAUAAACUGUGAGUCACAAAAAGUCAUUUUCUUCCAUUAUCCCUCUGCAGCACAACACGCUGGGAUUUAAGAAUACAGUAUAAUCCUGUACCACAGCCAAACAUUUUCAGUAUAUGCAUAUUGUAUAUUUGUAGGGCAACAAAAAACUUGUUAUUGUAUAUGUAUCGGUUAACACAGAUAUAUCUGUGAUAGGCCAUUGUCGGCCGAUUGUAUUAUAUAUCAUAGAUAUAUAUAUAUAUAUAUAUAUAUUCUGCAGCAUUAAUUAACAUGUUAUGUUAUUUUCUCCACAAUGCUAAAAUGAAUGUUCAUACAAAUUGUUGUU